GAUUCCACCAGCAAUCCUCCAAUAUGCCUCCCUCGGCGCAAACGACCCGAUUAGUCUCCACUCUACGACUUCUCAUCCCGCGCCUCCGCCUUCUUCAGAAGAAAGACACCGCAUCCUCCAUUGUCCAACGCCGCGAGCUCUCCCAGCUUCUCAGCGAGAACCGCGAGGCGUCCGCCCGCAUCCGAGUCGAGAAUGUGAUCGCAACAGAUAUCGCCGUCGAGGUGAUGGAGAUGGUCGAACUAUACUGUGAACUGCUGUUGGCGCGCGCCAAUGUCCUGGAUCAACUAGCCUUUGGCGAGAAAGGGACGCGCGCACGACUGCGCGCCAAGGAAUUGCUCAAGAAGCAGACUCAAGCCCAGACUGGGGAGAAAGCCACAACUGCUGCGCCCGAGUCCUCCGGCUCUCGGUUCGGGUUCUCGUGGUUAGGAGGAUCGCAAAAAAAGGAGGCGAGUACGUUGGCCGCGACCAGUUCUCUGGAGGGCGCGGGUGAGCUUUCGGAGGAAGAGAUUGCGUACAUGGAUACUGCGCUGGAUGAGGCUGCGGUUGCGAUCUUUUAUGCUUGGCAUCGGUUCCCGCAUGAGUUGCGCGAGCUUACCAUGCUUCGCACAAUGCUUGGUGAACGCUACGGCAAGGAAUUUAUGACCAUGGCGCAGGACAAUAAGGUGGAUACAGUUAAAGUUCCAGAUCGACUUUUGAAGGGACUACGAGUGCGUCCACCGACACAGGAACUGGUGGAAAGUUAUCUGCGGGAGAUUGCAAAAGCAUACGGUGUCGACUGGCCGGGCGGAGAGGAAUUGGACGUCCAAGAAGAGCUUGGGAAUGCACCACCCGAGUUUGUUGAUGAUGCCCAGGGCGAUGGGGACGAGGCCGAGGGAGACGAUUUGCCCCAGACUCCGAGAAAGCAAAGUGCAGACCCUGCAUCGCGACCGAAUCUCACCGAGGCAAGACGGGCCUCGGAAACCAGCGAAUUGAAUAAAGCGACUCCCCCACGCGGGCCUGCAGCACUGCAAGGACGCAGUCCUGUCAGCGUUGCGCCACCUGCACCCAGGACCGAUAAUCCUAACCCCCGGGUGAAGGUGCCGGGGUCUGAGGAAGAAGGGGGCGCUGCUAAGAAGGCUGGCAAGGCCACAUUUAGUGGGAUUCCCGAGCUGGAUGAGCUGACGCGAAGAUUUGCGGAUCUGAAGAGGAAACCUUGAGGAUGCACGGAUGCAGUCUGCCGGGUGAUCUCCUUUGAUGCACAGAUCGAUGUGUCUCGAGACUUUAUUUCCACAAUCUCUAUGUUUCCCUGAGUUGGGAGGACUUUUGGCAGGGCCUUUGUUGGUAUCUCGGUGAAGGAGUUGCAGGAGUUUCUGUCAUUGCAAACUUAUUCUGACAUAGCCUACUUGGUUGUAUUGCACCGUUGCACUAGCAUUGAGUGACCGUUCGUCUUAAUCUGCCUAGUCUUGCAUAAGUUAGAUGGGUUUCAAAUCGGACUUGACAGCUUCAACACAGACAUCAGGCACCUUUACCAUUACAUCCCAAAGUUGAGCCAUGGAGAGGCUUGUGUAUGAUGUUGGAAUAGCUCCCCGGGUCAUUAUGAAUCACAUCUUCAAUAUUGUAUGAAAAUCAACCACAGGCGAUAUAUUCUGAAUCGGGGAUCUUAGAUCUAAC